UCCCAGGGUGCCGCGCGGCGGGCGGGUUUGGAUUUUAAAUCCCCGCGGCCAAUCAGCGGCGCGCAGGCCCGUGUAACGUUCCCGGCUCCGCGUUUGAAUUCGGGGAGGAGCGGCGCGGCGCCAGGCGCGGCCCAGACCCGGCGAGGUCGGCCGAGCGAGUCCGGAGCAUGAACGCGGCCGCCGCUGCAGCGAAGCUGGCGCGGGUGCCCGCCGACGCCGGGAGAGCCGGGGCCCCCGGGGCCCCGGCGCCCGGCCCGCCGGCCAAGGAGAUCCCGGAGGUCCUGCUGGACCCGCGCAGCCGGCGGCGCUACCUGCGGGGCCGCUUCCUGGGCAAGGGGGGCUUCGCCAAGUGCUUCGAGAUCUCGGACGCCGACUCCAAGGAGGUGUUCGCGGGCAAGAUCGUGCCCAAGUCGCUGCUGCUCAAGCCGCACCAGAAGGAGAAGAUGUCCAUGGAGAUCGCCAUCCACCGCAGCCUCGCCCACCAGCACGUCGUGGGCUUCCACGGCUUCUUCGAGGACAACGACUUCGUGUUCGUCGUCCUGGAGCUGUGCCGCCGCAGGUCCCUCCUGGAACUGCACAAGCGGAGGAAAGCGCUGACGGAGCCCGAGGCCCGCUACUACCUGCGCCAGAUCAUCCUGGGCUGCCAGUACCUGCAUCAGAACCGGGUCAUCCACCGGGACCUCAAACUGGGCAACCUCUUCCUCAAUGAGGAUCUGGAGGUGAAAAUAGGGGAUUUUGGACUGGCCACGAGAGUCGAAUACGACGGGGAGCGGAAGAAGACCCUGUGCGGGACUCCUAAUUACAUAGCUCCCGAGGUGCUGAGCAAGAAAGGGCACAGUUUCGAGGUGGACGUGUGGUCCAUCGGCUGCAUCAUGUACACCUUGUUAGUGGGCAAGCCCCCUUUUGAGACCUCCUGCCUUAAGGAGACCUAUCUCCGGAUCAAGAAGAAUGAGUACAGCAUCCCCAAGCACAUCAACCCGGUGGCCGCCUCCCUCAUCCAGAAGAUGCUUCAGACAGAUCCCACUGCUCGCCCGACCAUUCACGAGCUGCUCAAUGACGAGUUCUUUACUUCCGGUUACAUUCCCGCCCGGCUCCCCAUCACCUGCCUCACCAUCCCGCCCCGGUUCUCCAUUGCUCCCAGCAGCCUGGACCCUGGCAGCCGGAAGCCACUCACAGUCCUCAAUAAAGGGAUGGAGAACUCCGUGCCCGAGCGCCCCCGGGAGAAAGAGGAGCCUGUCCGGGAGGGUGGCGAGGCGGCCGACUGCCACCUGGGCGACAUGCUGCAGCAGCUGAACAGCGUCAACGCAUCCAAGCCCUCGGAGCGCGGGCUGGUGCGGCAAGAGGAGGCCGAGGACCCUGCCUGCAUCCCCAUCUUCUGGGUCAGCAAGUGGGUUGACUACUCGGACAAGUAUGGCCUGGGGUACCAGCUGUGUGACAACAGCGUGGGGGUGCUCUUCAACGACUCCACGCGCCUCAUCCUCUAUAAUGACGGCGACAGCCUGCAGUACAUCGAGCGUGACGGCUCCGAGUCCUACCUCAGCGUCAGCACCCACCCCAACUCCCUGAUGAAGAAGAUCACCCUGCUGAAGUACUUCCGGAACUACAUGAGCGAGCACCUGCUGAAGGCGGGGGCCAACAUCACCCCCCGAGAAGGAGAUGAGCUGGCCCGGCUCCCAUACCUGCGCACCUGGUUCCGCACUCGCAGCGCCAUCAUCCUGCACCUCAGUAACGGCUGUGUGCAGAUCAACUUCUUCCAGGACCACACCAAACUCAUCCUGUGUCCACUGAUGGCUGCCGUCACCUACAUCGACGAGAAACGCGACUUCCGCACCUACCGCCUGAGCCUCCUGGAGGAGUUUGGCUGCUCCAAGGAGCUGGCCAGCCGGCUGCGCUAUGCCCGCACCAUGGUGGACAAGCUGCUCAGCUCACGCUCGGCCUCCAACCGCCUCAAGGCCUCCUCAUAGCGCCUGUUCCCCUCUGGACUCAGCGCGUGGCCCCUGCUGGUCAGCCCCGCGGGUGCUGCUUUGCUAAGGUGCGCCCCGGCCCUGGGGGCUGGGGCCAGAGCUGCGCCGCCCAUGUGGUGGGGUUGCUGGGUAAGUUAUUUUGUACAUGUUCUGGCUGCAGGUGCGACCACCCCUUCCUCUCAGCCCCACUGUAUGAAUUGUACAGAGUAUCGCUAGUGAAUCUGGGACUGUCCUUUUCUUGUCUUUAUACAUAUUAAACACAUGUGAAUCUUC